UUUUUUUACCGCAGAUAUCAUAUCCUGAGCAAAAUGAUUGCUCCGGUUCCUCAGGGCGACACAGCAGCCGAGGAGACGAGGUCUUUGCUCGCACGAAGCAAUGGGCCCAACACAAAGCCAAGUUCCGUUAUUAACAGGAUCAGAAAGGCACCACUUACAGUUGCAUUUGUGGUGGCCACCGCUCUCUUCACAGACAUGGUUGUAUACGGUGUAGUCGUUCCACUUCUACCUAUCAUUGUCAAGGGUCGUCUCGGUGGUACCUCCAGCGAUGUGGGUCUCUUGUUUGCUUCUUAUGCCAUCGGUCUUCUUGCAUCUACGCCUAUCUUUGCGAUCUUGAGUGACAAGUAUCAAAAUAGGAGGAUACCCAUGAUGGUUGGAAUGCUUGGGCUCGCUGUUGCAACUGUUGGAUUCUCAUUGGCAAGCAACUAUUGGGUUCUCAUCGUUGCUCGAAUUGGUCAAGGCUCCGCAGGCGGAGCUUCAUGGACGAUCGGAUUAGGAAUGUUGGCUGAUGUUUAUCCUCCUAAUAAUCUUGGUACUGUGAUGGGUGCGACAAUGAUGGCAAAUACUAUGGGAUUUCUAUUAGGACCCGUGGUUGGCGCAUAUUUUUAUGAGUACCAUGGAUAUAAGGCUCCAUUCAUUUUCUGUGCAGUGCUCGCAACCCUGGAUUUCCUUUGCAUUCUCUUUAUUGCAGAACCUGAAAAGAGGAAUAAUGUUAUAGCCGUAAGCCCAUCCAACAGCUAUAAUGGUGAUAUUGAAGCACAUGCUCAGGAUGUUAUUGACGAUAUUCCUAAUCAACAUCAGAAACAUAAGCAAGCUGGAAGCAGUAGCAGCAGUAGCAGCAGCACUGGCGAUGACUCGCAGUAUGGAAGUGUACCAGGAUCAUCAUCAUCGUCCACAAAUAGCUCAGCUGUUAAAUCGAAGGAUGAUUCUAACAAGAGUUGGACAGACGUAUCCAUGUACACCAUUGCAAGUAACUGGACGAUUACCUGCUGUCUAUUGGCAACUUUUGUCGGUGGAUGUGUAUUCACAGGAUUGGAGCCUAUCCUUCCUCUAUAUCUCGGAGAUAUGCUUCAUGCAACUCCCACUCAAACAGGGCUUAUCCUCAUGGCCGCCGUUUUCCCAUCCUUCCUUUCCUCUGUAAUUGGGUACUAUGCAGAUCGAGUCGGUCAUUUUUACGUCUCCUUCGUCGGCAUGGUGAUCUUUGCGAUUGCAGCGUUAUCAUUGGCUCUUCCAAAAUCGUUUACCGCUUUUAUCCUUCCAUUAGCGCUCUUUGGCCUUGGAUCCUCCAUGGUCCAAACACCGUUGCUCCCAGCCAUGGCAGAUGUCGUCGUCAAGGAGGGUUGGAAUGGUUUUGCAAAGACAUAUGCUCUCUACAACAUGGUGUAUUCUCUCAGUAUGGCUGUAGGACCGACCAUAGCCGGCUUUAUCUAUCAGGAUUAUAGUUUCCCAUUGACAAUGGUGAUGUUUGGUACCAUGACCAUUCUAGCUAUACCAGUGGUCUACUCGGCACAAAUCAAAGUAUUUAUUAACUACUUUAUGAAUGUUUUUACGAGGUAG